AUGCGAUGGAUACGUCCCAAUGCAAAAAAAGUCAUACCAGUAAAAUGUGACGUUUGUGGCAAAGCAGGUCAUUCCAUGGAAGUCUGUUUUAAGGUUAGGAACGCGGUGCAACGGAAGGAGUUAACUGCGAAAGGAGGUAAACUCUUCACAGCGGACAACAUGGAAUUGCAGAUAAAAGAAGGUGAGACAUACUUCUUAAAAUACCAAGACUUAUUUCCUACAUUUGCUAGGCAACGUACGCAAACCUCAAAACAAGAAUGA